GUGACACAUCUGGACUUAGGCCCUCCCUCCUCACCAUCCUCACCUUCCUCUCACGUGCUCGCAGGCGUUCGGCAGGAGGGAGCCCUGUGGCUCUGCCAAAGACGAGCCUGUUGGAUUUCUAGAAAUAAACAACAGCAACAACAAAGCCACAAAACAAACCUCAGCCAAAGUCACAGCAUUGAAAUUGUUCCCUUGAAGAGACUGAGAAGCGUGCAAAGAUGAAUGGCCCAGUGGAUGGCUUGUGUGACCACUCUCUGAGCGAAGAAGGCGCGUUCAUGUUCACGUCGGAGUCCGUCGGAGAGGGACACCCGGAUAAGAUCUGCGACCAGAUCAGUGAUGCGGUGCUGGAUGCCCACCUGAAGCAGGACCCCAAUGCCAAGGUGGCCUGCGAGACAGUGUGCAAGACGGGCAUGGUGCUGCUCUGCGGAGAGAUCACGUCCACGGCCACGGUGGACUAUCAGCGGGUGGUCAGAGGCGCCAUCAGGCACAUUGGCUACGACGACUCUGCCAAGGGCUUUGACUUCAAGACCUGCAACGUGCUGGUGGCUUUGGAGCAGCAGUCCCCGGAUAUUGCUCAGUGUGUACAUCUGGACAGAAACGAGGAGGAUGUUGGGGCCGGAGACCAGGGUUUGAUGUUUGGCUAUGCCACCGAUGAAACAGAAGAGUGCAUGCCCCUCACUAUUAUCCUGGCUCACAAGCUCAACGCCCGAAUGGCAGACCUCAGACGCUCAGGGGUCCUCCCCUGGCUGCGGCCUGACUCCAAAACUCAGGUGACAGUUCAGUACAUACAGGACAAUGGCGCAGUCAUCCCCGUGCGCAUCCACACCAUCGUCAUCUCCGUGCAGCACAAUGAGGACAUAAGCCUGGAGGACAUGCGCAGGGCCCUGAAGGAGCAGGUGAUCAAGGCCGUGGUGCCCGCCAAGUACCUGGACGAAGACACCAUUUACCACCUGCAGCCCAGCGGGCGGUUUGUCAUCGGAGGUCCCCAGGGCGAUGCGGGCGUCACCGGCCGCAAGAUCAUCGUGGACACCUACGGUGGCUGGGGGGCGCACGGCGGCGGGGCCUUCUCCGGGAAGGACUACACCAAGGUGGACCGCUCGGCGGCAUACGCUGCGCGCUGGGUGGCCAAGUCCCUGGUGAAGGCAGGACUCUGCCGGAGAGUGCUCGUGCAGGUUUCCUACGCCAUCGGUGUGGCUGAGCCACUGUCCAUUUCCAUCUUCACCUACGGAACCUCUCAGAAGACAGAGAGAGAGCUGCUAGAUGUGGUCAAUAAGAACUUUGACCUCCGGCCAGGGGUCAUUGUCAGGGAUUUGGAUUUGAAGAAGCCCAUCUAUCAGAAGACGGCAUGCUACGGCCAUUUCGGAAGAAGCGAGUUCCCAUGGGAAAUUCCCAAGAAGCUUGUGUUCUAGAGCCGGUGGGAGUGGGGCCUGGCCUGCCCCUGAAGGCAUCUGGGUGGCCUGGUUUGUCUCCUUCGGGGUCCCGGCUCCCAGCUCUCACACGUCCCAGACUCAGGGCCCCGACUGCCCUCCCAGGGAGUGCCUUCCCCCCAUUACCCGGUCCUGGACCAAGCCACACCCCCAGGGUUAGCCCUGCGCUGUCAUCACUGUGAAGGGCAGGAGGCUUGCUGGUGCUGGGGGGUCACACCUCAGGAGGGUAGUCACGGUGUUCCCCCUGCUUUUCCCUCUGACCAAGGCCAUGUUAAUUUAGUGGGAAAGCCACCCCUGUUGAGAGUAAACCCCCCUCACUCCCCCCAGCCCCCCCCAUCAGUGAUCCUGGGUAGUAGCCUCCCAGGCUAGGCAUCUGGCCGAGGCAGAAACAGUUGCUGACAUCUCCUAAGCGUCUACACAUGUGCCAGGGACCCAUGAGCUAAUUACUGAUGUCAUUCCUCUUCACUGCAACACGAUGAGGUAACACCUCGUGCCCACUUCUAUGGGGGGAAACUGAGGCACAGACUGCCUAGAUAACUUUCCCAAGGCCCCACAGCCACACACAUCAGGACCUAGGAGCUCUGACUCAGGAACCCCGAUUCGCCCCGCACCCCCCAGCUCUGUUCCCAUCUCAUGCCAGACACAGGCCUGAGCCAUGACAAAGCAGAUUUGCAGCAAAGCUGUGUGGCCUCUGCCCUGAAACCCUGUCAUAGCUGUGACUAGGGGAUUAACCCCUGGCUCUCGUGGUGAGCCGUGGACAGUGGUAUGUGAAGUCGGGACAGAGAAGUAGCUUGCCCUAGCUCAAGUGGGCAGCCCUAGACAGGGGACCGGGAGCCUGUGUGCUUCAAGUCCUUGUCUCUCUUUGGCCUCGUUGUCUGAAUGCUUUCAGAAUGCGUGGGUGAGCCCUUCCGCCGCCCCUCCAGAGAGGCCAGUUGUGAGGCAGAGCUGAACCGCCCCCCACCCCGGGGUAGACAAGUUGGCUUGGAUGUCCGGAGGAAAUUCUGGCUUCACCAGAUGGCUUCUGGGCCAUGGUGCCCAACAGGCCCACGUGGCCCUCGGUGUGCUGGGGCCUUGGAAGCCACACGCUCACCUGCCCUCUGCUUCCCACCCCUGGCCAGCACCUCCUACCCCCACGUCCUCAGCCUGGGCCUCUGACAGGGGCACGUUGGCCUUCUCCCUAGCAGCCUGAGCCACAGGCUCCGGGAGGGGCCUCCAUGGGCCCCACGAGAACACUGGAGACUGGGCUUCCUUCCUGGGUGUGUGGUGCCAGUUCUGGCUGGACAGACAGCCCAAGGAGCCUCAUCUAGGGAGCAGACAGCCAGCACCUGGGCUCUAGGCCUGACCCGCUUUCCGUCCUGGAAAAGGCAGCUCCUCAGGGGAGAAGAAGGAGCCUGGAGCCUCCAUCUCAACCUGGAGCUUGUGUCUGCUCUGGAGGCUCUGAUGUGUCUGUGGGCUCCGGUCACCCAGCAGGUCUCAAGCUCCUUCCAGGAGAGGGAGACACAGGUUUGCAGGCGGUUAGUUCCUCUCACUCGGGGCGUGUUAGAAGUCAAAGUUCACAGCUGUGUACUUUCCCCACCCUCUAGAGAAGCAAGAUCUUUUUUUUGGGGGGGGGGCGGGGAUCGACACUGUUUAUAAGAAACUAGAACCUUUAUUUGUUAAUAGUUCCUGCUAGGACAGGAUAAAUAAAGCCGAAUAAACAGUCCUUCAGUGAACCAACUGAAGGAACAACUACUCUA